AUUGUUUGGGAGAGUGUGAUGAUGAUCUACAUUACUGUAUUGUGUUAUCUCCCUCAUGAAUAGUGUGAAUUCGUGUAAUGUACAGUACAAGGUAUAAGACCAUGAUGUGUACUCUAGCUCUCUUAUUAUUAAUAAUCUCCAGCUUUGAAUAAUCUUUUUAAGGUUUGACAGAUAACGGUAGGGCUAUUCCCUUUGGAUUUCCAUGAUUCGUAGAACAUUAACCAACCUCUUGAAAAGUGCUGCAUCAUCUUUAAAAAUGGCUGACGCUGUCCCGGUGACUACAGCACUGUCUGCUCAUGAUGGAGAUGGCACAGUGGUAUCAGCCAGAGCAGACGAUAGGAAGAGGGCAGCAGACAAUUUGCUAGAUGAUAAAGAGAGCAAGAUACAGAAAACAGAGGAUACUGUCAGCAGCACAAUCACCAAUGGUGGUAGUGAAGGUCAAAAACGAAACAAGGUGUUAAAACGUAAAGUAGCCAUUCUUCUUUCUUACGCUGGGGCAAACUAUGUCGGCAUGCAGAGGAACCCGGGAGUACAGACCAUUGAGGAGGAUCUGGUGAAUGCAUUGGUCAAAUCGGGAGCCAUCCCUGAGGAUUGUAGAAGGAACAUGAAUAAGAUGAGCUUUCAGAGAUGUGCAAGGACAGACAAGGGGGUAUCGGCAGCAGGUCAGGUAGUCUCACUCAAGCUACUCAUGCUUGAUAACCUGGUAGAUAAAAUCAAUGAGCAUCUACCACCGGUCAUCCGCGUCAUGGAUGUUGUAAGGACAACAGGAGGGUUUAACUGCAAGAAUAAUUGUGAGUUCAGGACCUACAUGUAUCUGCUACCAACAUUUUCUUUUACUCCGCUAGAGAGCUUCACAGAGGAGAAAUACAGAGUUACUGAUGAAAAGAUUGAGGAAGUGAACGAGCAACUCAAGAAAUAUAUCGGCACUCACAAUUUUCACAAUUUUACAUCAGGAAAACCCUACAAAGAUCCCAGUGCCAAUAGAUACAUGAAGGAAUUCACAUGUGAAAAGGGCUUUGUGGAUGAUGGCUUAGAGUUCGCUGUCAUCAAGGUCAAAGGUCAGAGCUUUAUGCUCCAUCAAAUUCGCAAGAUGAUUGGUCUUGUUCUAGCUGUGGUGAGAGGUCUGACCCCACCUAGUACUAUUGAGAGAGCCUUUGAAGAACCCAAGCUAGACAUUCCUAGAGCACCUGGCUUAGGCCUGGUAUUAGAAUCGGUUCAUUAUGACUGCUACAACAGACGAUGGGGCAGUGAUGGGCUCCAUGAACCACUCUCCUUCGAGCGUUCUAAGGAUAAAGUUGAGGCAUUCAAACACAAGCACAUCUAUCCCAACAUCAUCGUCAGAGAAAAGUACAACAAGUCUAUGUUUCAAUGGUUGACAACGCUUCCCCUUCACACCUAUGACGUAGUAGGAACCAGGAAUCCAUUGAGAAUUGCACAUACAGAGAUGAAAGCAGCCAUUGAAAAUCAGGGCAAUUCAUCAUCAUCAUCCAUUGAAGCAUCUAACACUGCUAAAGAGUCGGCCAUCCAGGCAGAGCUGAAAGAGAGAUCAGAGACCUCAUCAAAACACCUACAAGAAACAGAGCCAAUCCAUUACGAGGGAAGUGAUUCUAAGCAGGACUCUCCAUCCUCACCAGCCAGGAGUCAGGAAGAAAGCAGAACAGAAACACUUUCAACAAAUAAGACUGAUGAGACCUUAUAAGAUGGAGUAAACUGAAAAUCCCAUCAAGAAAUCAUGGUCUGCAAAUUCAACCAGUGCUUGAAACUCUGAAUGUCAUCAUCUAUCAAAUUGAAACAUUGAAUUACUUUUAAAAUUGGAAAGAAAGUGAAUCCAUUGAUACCAUUAAUUCAGCAUUGCUGAAGAGAUGACGCUAUGGAAUAUUGGAUGUUACUAAUGGAUUCAAUUUUGAAGUCAUUUUAGAUUUGCUUUUAUUUAUUUUUAUAAAUUAUUUCAGGAUUUUUAAAUGUUUAUACACACAUAAUUAAUUAUGAUGAUAAUCAUUUUUUAAAUAUGUUUUUCUUCAAACUUUUAUUGCAGAUUUUAGCUGUUUACAUUGCUAUCAUGAUGACAAUCAUUUAAUACAGAUCUUUAAAAUGUGUUGUAGAGUAUACAGUGUCUGUAGAUGAACAAUGCUGGAAAUAACAGUUCUCAACCUGAAUAUUGUCAAUCUUAUUAAUUGCAUACCAUAUGAAAGAAUGUAAUAGCCUUUGUUUUUCACCUUGUUGCAAAUUUUUAUCAGUCAUGCGGGAAUGAUUAUGAAUCAUAAAAUGUGGUAAUGCAUCUUAUCAUACCUUUUGUGAUCAGUGAAGAGUAACAUGCAAUGCUUCAAUAAGCAUUGCUUACCUAAUUAUUUUCAUGAUCGGUAAUGCACAAGUACAUGAAAAACAAAGGCCUUACUUUUUUUUUUUUUUUUUUUAAGAUUUACAAUUAUAUAGAUGUUGUGAUUGUGCGGUUAGCAAUUUUUUUUUCCAGCAUGGUUCAUCUUUUCCUUUUUAAAGUGCUGUUAUUGAUAAGUGUACAAAUUUCCUGGGAUACUGCAGAUACAUCUACAUGCUUCUGGGUGCGCAUCUCAUCAAUCUCUCUUGAGGGGCUACUGAACUGAACUGUAACAUGAAAAAUGUCCCUUAACACUUCAGCCUAUUGUAAUAACAUUCCCUUUUAUAGAAAUUCUUAGAUGCUUUUUUUGUUUUCUUUUUCUGAUCUCAAUAUGUGGUUGUUGUAUGGCUCAGGAAAUGCCAAGAGUCUGCAGUUAAAAAAAAACAGUGUUCAGGCCAAGCCUCCCUUUCCUGUGUUUAUUAUACAUGUAGAAGCUUCAUUUUAGAACUUACCAACAGACCAGAUAGGAGUUUCAUAAAGCUGUUCGUAAGUUAAGAGCGACUUUAUGAAUGACUGGUGGCACUUUCUUGAAGCACCAUAUUUUCAUUGGUGUAGAUUUAGCUCCUAAGAAAGGAUAACCAGUUGUUUGUAAAGUCGCUUGUCACUUAAGACUUACAGCUUUAUGGAUCACCCAUCUGAUGUGUGUUUCAUAAAGCUGUUUGUAAGUUACAAGUGAUUUUACGCACAUGUGUGCCUUUCCCGGCAGCCUAUGAUAUUCACCAAUGAAAAAAGAGGGUACUAUCAUUGCUCACAAAUUUUUGUUUAAGUUAUGAGUAGCUUUAUGAAAAGGCCCCCUGGGAGUAUUACACAAUGCCUUUUUUGAAGUUGUACAUGGCUUCUCAUACAACUGAAAUAUGAAGGGUGAAAUUAAAUGCCCAGUGCUUUUCCUGUGUCCAUUGGAAAAAGAAUUGCAAUCAAAUAUAAUUUCAUUUUCAACUAAUGAGAAGACUGCAUUUCUGACUUGCAUAUGAUUUUUAUGAGACGUGUUUAAUUGCAACUCUAUCUGUAAAUUCUCUCUGAUGUCAUCAAUAUAUGACUUGCAUCAUUAAUUAUAAAAUAGUAAUCACGUUAAAAUUAUUGGAAAAUGUUCAACUUUAUUUAUUCUUUAAAAAAAAGCCAUUCUCUCGGUUCACCAUGUUCAAAUUAUUCACAAAUUUGUUAAUAUCUUUACAAACAGCUAAAUGAAACAGCUCCUAGAUUUGUGGAAAAGGGGUAGGGGUGGGCAAUCAUAGAUACCGUACCGUCAUGUGUAAGAAUAAAUGCAUGGCUUUACAAGA